CCCGCUUUCCUUUAAGCUUGUUCUGGUGAGGUGAUUAGAAAAGAGGCGAGAAGCAGCUAUCAAACCUCUUUAAGGCGAAAAAAAUAUGGCCGUGUCCAGCUGCGCUAGGGUUAUUCCGUCGUUCGAAUGCCGGUCAGAUCCCGAUUUUUCCGGCAAUCCACGGUCGGACAAGCCGAGUUUUGGCAGCUUCUCCGGCAAGGCCAAGUCGUUUCCGAUCCGUGGUUUGGCCGGAGCAUCGUGCGGUUCGGCGGGCCUGUCUUCUCUGAUUUUCAAGUUCCCUCCGAAUUUUGUCCGGCAGCUUAGCAUCAAGGCCCGGAGGAAUUGCAGUAACAUCGGUGUCGCCCAAGUUGUCGCAGCUUCGUGGUCAAACCAACCGGCAUCUGUUCCUGCUACUUCCACGGCCGUCAAUGCUACUCCUGCGGUCGAUGUUGCCGCGGCGGUGGUUGACGGUGAUUGUUGUAACAAUACUGAUGUACAGUUUUCCGGUUUGGUCGAUUCGAAGGCCUCAUUUUUGUGCUCCGAUGGGACUGUCGCUGUUCAUGCCGGUGAAAGGUUAGGUCGUGGUAUAGUCACCGAUGCAAUCACCACCCCGGUUGUCAAUACUUCUGCUUACUUCUUCAAGAAAACGGAUGACCUCAUUGAUUUCAAGGAGGGACGCAGUGCAAGUUUUGAAUAUGGGCGUUAUGGAAACCCAACUACGGUGGUGGCAGAGGAGAAGAUUAGUGCACUAGAGGGGGCUGAGUCAACAAUGUUUUUGGCUUCUGGAAUGUGUGCUAGUACGGUCAUGCUGAUGGCAUUGGUUCCUGCUGGUGGGCAUAUUGUGACUACCACAGAUUGUUACAGGAAGACUAGAAUGUUCAUUCAAAAAAUACUUCCCAAAAUGGGGAUCCGGGCAACUAUUAUCAAUCCUGCUGAUAUGGAUGGACUGAAAUCUGCCCUGGACAAGAAUGAUGUAUCUCUUUUCUUUACAGAAUCCCCAACCAACCCGUUCCUCUACUGUGUUGAUAUUGAAUUGGUUUCUAAGCUUUGUCACAGCCGGGGUGCACUGGUGUGCAUAGAUGGAACUUUUGCAACACCUUUGAACCAGAAGGCUCUUGCCCUUGGUGCCGACAUUGUUCUGCACUCUGCAACAAAAUACAUUGCUGGUCACAAUGAUGUUCUUGGAGGUUGUAUUAGUGGUUCUGCAAAACUGGUUUCCGAAAUCCGUACCUUGCAUCACAUUUUGGGUGGUACGCUAAACCCGAAUGCCGCGUAUCUGAUCAUCCGAGGCAUGAAGACACUGCAUCUUCGUGUACAGCAGCAAAAUUCAACAGCAUUGAGGAUGGCCGAGGUUUUAGAGGCACAUCCUAAGGUGACACGUGUCUAUUAUCCAGGCCUGGCAAGUCACCCAGAUCAUCACAUUGCCAAGAAACAAAUGUCUGGCUUUGGUGGUGUUGUCAGUUUUGAGAUCGAUGGGGACUUCGAGAAAACAAAAAAAUUCAUCGACUCCUUGAAGAUUCCAUAUAUUGCCCCAUCGUUUGGAGGCUGCGAGAGCAUUGUAGAUCAGCCUGCACUCAUGUCCUACUGGGAUCUUAACCAAGCUGAGAGAACCAACGAAUUUUCCAUCAGGGACAACCUGGUUAGGUUCAGCGUUGGAGUCGAAGAUUUUGAGGACUUGAAGGCCGAUGUCCUCCAGGCUCUGGAGAAUAUAUAGAACGUGUCAUAUCCAUUUUUUUUCUCCUUAUCCCCUGGCAAUUUUUCUGGGACUCUUUUCUACCAUUCUGAUUAAGCGUUUAAUCUUCCUGUUUUGUGUUUCAGCUUCGUCCAAAUAAGAACCGAGAAUGUAAUGCCUAUCGUUCUAAUGUCUCAAUUAUUCCGUAUUAGUUGUUUCCUUGUUAUGGUGUUUCAAUUGAUCAGUCUGUUCGAAUGAAAUGGAAAUCCUGCUAGGGAGCAUUUUCUUA